UUCCAGUCGGACAUGUUUCAGCGUUGCACCCGCAUGGCGUUCAGAGCACAGCAUAUGAUUGAAUUACUCUAAUAAAUAGUUUUUAUGAAAUGAAAUAUUAAAAAACUGUACUUCGUUAGUUGAUUUAGAACGGCUUCCUGCAAGUACUUUAUCGGAACACUGAGAUGUUUGCAAAAGCGUUUCGUGUGAAAUCUAACACCGUUAUUAAGGGAUCUGACAGGAGGAAGCUGAGAGCAGAUAUCUCUGCUUCUUUCCCUUCCCUGUCGGCUGAGGAUCUAAAUGAGCUGAUCCCAAAUAAAGAAGAGCUGAAUAUUGUCAAGAUUUAUGCACAUAAGGGAGAUGCAGUCACUCUGUACGUCCUGCAUAAAAAGCCCAUAUUCUUUCAGCUGGAUAAACAGCUGUUUCCUACAGUGUACACACUGUGGCAGUAUCCCGCCAUGUUACCAGCAUUUGUCACAUGGCCGCCUGUCCUGCAGAAGUUAGCUGGUGGAGCAGAUCUCAUGUUGCCGGGUGUAGUGGUACCUCCUGAUGGCCUUCCUGAGGUAGAUAAAGGAGACUGCUGUGCUGUCACUCUUGUGAUGAACAGGGCACCAGUGGCUGUUGGCACAGCAGCUGUGUCGAGCGCUGAGAUGAGGAACAGUGGCAUGAAGGGGAAAGGAGUGAAUAUUUUACACACAUACAUGGACCAGCUGUGGGCUUUUGGUGAUAAGUCACAGCCUCCAGUUAUGCCAGUCACAAACUCACCAGCACAGGUGGAGGGAGAAACAGAGGGAGAGGAAUGUGAGGAGAAAGAGCAGGAGGUGAAUGACAGCUCUAAUCCAGCUCCAGUGGAAACAUCUCGUCAGAGCAUGCAGGAGCUGAGGCUGGAUGAACAUGAGGCAUUGAAGGAGGAAGAACCAGUUGAGGAUAAAGAGGGAGAAGACGCUAACGGAGAAGAAGACUCUAGAUCUCCACAGGAGCAGAUGGAUGAGUUACUGCUGCAAUGUUUCCUCCAUGCACUAAAAACUAAAGUCAAAAAGUCACAGCUGCCACUACUGACCGGCACCUUCCUGCGCAACCACAUGAUGUUCUGCUGUCCUAAAGGAAAGUACCUAGAUAUCAAGAAGUCCAGUUAUAAAAAGCUUUCUAAGUUUCUGCAUUGCAUGCAGAAAGAUCACAGUCUGAUUCAGGUGAAGGAGCUGAGUAAAGGUGUGGAGAGCAUUGUGGAAGUUGACUGGAAAAACCCUGAGUUGUGUUCUUUUAGCAUACCAGAGGACUUUGAGCCAGAGAAAAAGCCUGAAGAAGAAAGUGGAGCUUCUGAGGUCCUGUACCAGCCCCCUGAAAUCACAACACUAUAUGGGGUCACUGCACGCCUGGAGCCUCUCUUUCAGGAUGCACAGAAAAAAAAGGGGACGCCUCUGAAGGCCGCUGAAGUGAGGAAUAUCAUCACAGAAUAUGUGAAGAAAAAUGAACUUGUCUAUGAAACCAACAAAAAUUACGUUAACAUUAACCCUACACUUUGUGACUGUUUGCUGGAGAAGUCUGAAUACCAGGAAGUGGAGAAGCUGAAAUGGGAUGAACUCUUUAGCAGGACUCUAAUCAGAAUGCAAGCAUGCCAUGAGGUGCUGUUUCCAGGUCAGCCUCCUGUGGUAAAGAAAGGACAGAUGGAGCCGAUAGACAUUACUGUCGCCUCCAGGGGCUCCAAUAAAAAGGUUACAAUAAUUAAGAAUCUGGAGGCAUUUGGUUUGGAUCCAGCUGUGGUAGCAGACACUCUGCAGCAUCAGGUUCAGGCCAGCUGUGGCCUUCAGGAAUGCCCAGGAGCCAAAAACCGAGUCCUUGUGCAGAUCCAGGGAAACCAGGUUCAACAAGUCGGCAAACUGCUGCUAGAUCGGUAUAAGAUCCCACGGAAAUAUGUACUUGGUCUUGACAAAGCUCCCAAACCAGGCAAGAAGAAAUAACAGACGACACCUCAAUGGAAGAACCAUGUGUUGUUGUAAUAUUUCAAAUAAUAUCUGUAGUUCAACCAUAACAUCAUUUGUGCAAUACAAUAAAUCUGAUUUAAUUCUGAACAAUCUCUUAAAUUAAUCUUUAUAGUUUGCAUAAUGUUUCCUCAGCAGAGCACAGUUUAUUUACAUGCCUCAAUAACAGCUUAUUCAAGCAUUAGUUUGCCCUUCCGAUCUAACUGAGAGAGUGACUCCAGAAUGACUAUCAUCAUUUAUAAUGAUGAACUGCCAGGUAGGAAAGUAUACACUGU